AUUCAGAUUCAGAUUCAGAUUCAGAUUCAGAUUCAGAUCUUGGCUUCGAUUCUCUUGGUUUAUGUACGCGUAAGGAGCUUCCCUCCGGCCUUUCCUGCUUGGCUUUAAGCUUAGCUGUCUUUUUUAUUCCACCUCCAACAAACCUCUUCCUGGAUAGCUUCAUCCACUUUCCACGAGGUCUUGCAAUAAGCGGCGCCAUCAUUCCAUUCAAUUAGUGACCACUCUAUUUGCGACAACCACAGCCAUGGCUCACCUCACCAUUCGCAAUCUUACUAUCAACCCAAUCGAGCUCAUUGAAAUCGAGAGGUUCGAGGGCCAAACUGUGAGAACUGGCAAUGUUCUCUCAAAUAUGACAAGCCAUAUCAGUGGCUUCAUCAAGGCUACUGACUUCAGCUCUCGUCAAACCCAGGCCAAGGGCGAUCCCAUCCACAAGGAAAAAGCCUCUGUCAAAGUUGAGCCCUUCAAGACCAAGGAUUCUGGAAUCCGAGCCGCCGACAAGAAUAAGGAGGUGGUCCGUCUUACCUUCAAAUAUGAGGAUCACAAGUAUCAAGUCGACAUCCCCAGCCCCUCCAACAAAUCUUCUGUCAUGAAGAACCUGGACGGAGGCAAACAUGAUCUCACUGUCGUUUAUACCCCCAACGGUGCCUUCCUUGCCAUCUUCUCUUCUGCCCAGCUGCAUCGCUGGAUGCACGAGCUUCACGACGAAUGGCCACUCACCCUGCUUUCGAUUCCUGGCACGCACAAUUCUCCUACAUGCUAUACUGCGCUUCCUUCUGUUCGAUGUCAAGCAGUUGACGUCAUGGAGCAACUCAAAAAUGGUGUUCGGUUCCUCGACGUUCGAGUGUCCGUGAGUCCUGACGAUGAUGAACUUGCUCUUGUCCACAGCGUGUUUCCCAUUUCCUUGACUGGCACCAAGUACUUCAAAGACAUGCUCGAGGAUAUUUACAAGUUCCUCGACGAGAACAGCAGUGAGACUGUCAUCAUGAGUAUCAAGCGCGAAGGUACUGGAAAGGGCAACGACGAACAACUCGGAAAAUAUCUGAAGCACAGCUACGUCGAUAAAAGACGAAGUCGAUGGUGGACUGAGCCCAAGAUUCCAACUCUGGGUGGUGCCCGUGGUCGCAUUGUCAUCGUCCGCCGCUUCAACUUGGACGGCGAGAUGAAGAAGACAUGCUGGGAUGGUCGAGGUUGGGGUAUUGAUGCAGGCGCCUGGCCCGAUAACUGUGAGGACGGCAAGGUGCCAGGAGGUAUCAUCCGUGUCCAAGACUUUUACGAAAUUACCGAGAGCCAGAACAUUGAGAAGAAGAUUGAGUACUGCCGUCGGCAACUCGAACGCGCUGCUGAGCAGACCUUUGCUCUCGCCGGGAUGGAUGGUCAUAAGGAGGGUGCUAGUUUACCCCCCUUGUUCGUCAACUUCCUCACAGCAAGCAACUUCUUCAACGCAACCUGCUGGCCAGAGCGUAUUGCCGCCAAGGUCAACCCCUCUGUUAUCGAGUACCUCUGCAUGUGCCACGGCGAGGAUGGCAAGGGGCCAAACAAGCUCAAGAUCGGUUCUGCAGGUACAGGAGUCGUCGUUACCGACUGGGUAGGCCACAAGGAUGAUUGGGAUUUGAUCCGCUGUAUUGUUGGAAUGAACGCGAGGCUGCAGCUCAAGAAAUAAGUUUAGCAUAUGCCAUAGAGUGAACGAGAACACGACGGGCGUAAAAAAUAGAUAUCUAUAGCUAUCCCAUUCCCAGGUAGGAAACCUCUACAAGAAUCACACAUAUUCACAAAAUGAAAGGCGUAGCAUGGCUUGGUAAAUUAUAUAUUUCAAAGUUACUUA